UGAAGGACAACUGGAGAUCUCUAUAAAUGAUGGAGAUGUACCCAAUGCAGUUCAGGUUCUGGGAGGAGGGAAGUGUUUAGUAACCUUUACUCCAGACCAAGCAAUCACACACGAGAUUGAGGUUAUGUUUAACAAUGACCAGGUUCCAGGUUCACCCUUCCUAUGCAGGAUUAAGGAUGAAGAGGAAGGAAGCUAUGGUGGAAGUAGUGGAGGAUAUUCAAGAGUUACAGUUGAGCUUGAUCAUCUAGGAUUAGUAGCUGUAGGUCAACCUGCUGAGUUCACUAUCAGGGUACCUGAGGGUGCGGAUGCCGAGCUUGCUGUAUCUGUCCAGGGACCAGUUGAAGAUAUCCCGGUAAAAGUGACCGGAAACGUCAAGAACGGAUUCGUUGCGCAGUUUAUCCCCAACUCUGUUGGGUUGCAUGUGGUACUGGUGGAGUACAACGGAGUAGCUGUGGGGGGAACUCCUUUCUACUCUAAGGCGUAUGAUGCUGAGGGAGUUGGCGUCUCUGAUAUACCCAGAGGAACCGUUGGUAAAACUGUCACAUUCGCAGUGGAUGCUAGCGAAGCCGGAGAAGGGAAUCUUGAAAUCCUUGUAUCUGCUGAACAAUCAAAUAUCCCAACCAGGGUCCAACCACUAGGAUCUGCGAGGUUUGAGGUUUCCUUCGUUCCUAAACUCAGCUCAGACCAUCAAGUAUUUGUCACAUUCAACGAGGAACCAGUUUCUGGGUCUCCGUUCCUUUGCGAAAUAAUACCUGAACCUGGAGAAAGUACACCAAUCCGAACUAUUCGUAUUGAUAGAGAUCCAUUAGAGUCAAAUACGUUUCGGGUUAUCAAGGAUCACGAAAAUCAAGAGUACAAGGGGCGUCGGGGUAAUGAAUCCCGAGUUCAUCGGGAUAAUGAGUCUCGAAGUUCUCGACAAGUGAAUCGGGAACACGAACCUAAAGAGUCCCGCCCUGUUCUCUCCGAUAUAAAAAGACAAUAUGAACAGAUAAGAGAAACCAAAAUUAGCGGUGAACAUGAAAAAAGAUUGAGCCAGGACUAUCGAACCACUACCAAGAGCCACGAGUAUAGAACAUAUUCUCGUGAUCAGCAAGACUAUCGAACUUCUAGGGAUCACGACCACCAAACAACUCCUAGGGAUCAAGAAUACCGAACAUCUUCGCGAAGCCAAGAUUACCGAAGAAUUCCUCGGGAUCAAGAAUACCGAUCAACUCCUCGGGAUCAAGAAUACCGAUCAACUCCUCGUGAUCAAGAAUACCGGAUAACGUCUCGGGAUCAGGAAUACCGAACAGCUACACGAGAUCAGGAAUACCAGAGCUCUAGGAAUAACUUUAGACCCUCCAAGUAUAUAGAUGAGGAGGAGAGAAGUAUAACUAUAGAAAAAGACCCCGGUUCUAAAUCGGUUCGGAAUCAUGUUACCCGAACCUUUCAAUCUAGUCAGGUUUACAAAGGUUCAAACAGAUAUUGAAACCCAUAUAUAGAGGUUCAUCUCCAGGUGCUUUGUUCACAACUAGAGGAUCAUUCAAUAUCAACCUUCCAAACCUUUUUUUAAAAUCACAUUUUUAAUAGGAAUAAUCUUUUCUUGAUUAUUUUUUUAAUAUUCAUUUUGACAUUAUUCAACAGAUGUUAAGUUUUAAUUUUGUCAGUUAAAUAUUCUAAAAGUACCUGUAGGCUGUGGCUACAGUUUAAGCCAUUUUUCAAAAAAUCUCACGUUAGAACGAAGUUUAGGUCAACACAUAUUAAUAUUUAGAUCCAAUUUAAAAGAUUUUUUACAUUUAAAGGGUAUCAACAACAGUAAAAGUAAAAAAAUAAGGAUUAAACAAUCCCUGAAUAGUUUUAAAAGUAUUGUUUUUUAUAACUCUUGAAUCAUUUACGUUUAUGUAUUUCUCUCCUGGAUUUGAACCUUUUCUGUAAAAGAGCUUGCGAAUGAAAUAAAAACUGAUUUGAAUUCACUUCCUCUUCCAUAAAUUUUCAAUAUAAAAUAUAAAUUUUAUACAUAUUUAUGAACAACAUUAUUUUACACAAAUAAAAAUCCUCGUUUUUGUACUAAACCUCAUAGAAGAUUAAAAAGUUUAAAACUGAUUAUUCUCCUAUUUUACUGUAUUCAUGAAGAAAAAAACAGAUUAAUUAUUGAACAGUUAAAUGAGUAAAGUAGUUAAUUAUUAAUUAUUAAUUAUUAAUCAAACCUGAUUAUUCUUUAAGUUUAACCUGAUUAUAUAGUAAACGUUAAUGUUUGUAUGAUCGCUUUUGUAACAUAACUAAUUAUUUAUUGUUUAAUCAACAAAGAAAUGAUAUGUUUUAUGUCCUCUUCACUUACAUUUAAAUUUUUGCCUUAUUUCCUAAAAACCUGCAAACACCAACCCCCCUUC